AGGAGCUGAGGUAGCGUUCAGUUUCAGCCCCAGUGCCAUUAUGAUGGAUGUUUACAUCUCUUCAUUGAGAGCCAAUUAUCUCUCUUUUGUGUGAGGCCCAAGGAUCACUCAUGCUGCGAGGCUGCACAGAGCACUGUUGGAUGUAGCCGAACGAAUUGUUUUCCCUGUCUCUGUCUUAAAGGAUGUUUCCUGAGCACAUGAUGGCUUUGAAAUUCUAAGUGUGAACUUUGGAACAGAUUCAAGAUACAAGUGUAUCAACAUUUUCUGCACAGGACAGAUUGUGAACAACUUCUUUCUUAAGGAGAGAAUGUUUAAAUUUCACCAAGUGAAACAUAUUUUUGAUACACUAGAUAAAAUGCGAUGCCUGCGAAAACGUUCUACGGUCUCAUUCUUGGGAGUUCUUGUCAUUUUCCUUCUGUUUAUGAACUUGUACAUUGAAGAUAGCUACGUUAUGGAAGGAGACAAACAACUUGUAAGGGAAACAUCUACACAUCAACUGAAUCCUGAACGCUAUGUGCAUACUUUCAAAGAUUUAUCUAAUUUCUCAGGAGCCAUCAAUGUCACCUAUCGCUUCUUAGCUGUCAUGCCUUUACAAAGAAAGCGGUUUCUUACAAUUGGACUUUCAUCAGUGAGACGAAAAAAAGGAAAUUAUUUACUUGAGACAAUCAAGUCAAUUUUUGAGCAAUCCAGCUACGAAGAGUUGAAGGAAAUUUCAGUGGUGGUUCAUCUAGCUGACUUUAAUUCAUCCUGGCGUGAGGUCAUGUUACAGGAUAUUACACAGAAAUUUGCCCACCAUAUUAUUGCAGGAAGAUUAAUGGUUAUACAUGCUCCAGAGGAAUAUUACCCAAUCCUGAGUGGCCUUAAAAGAAAUUACAAUGAUCCAGAAGACAGAGUGAGAUUUCGUUCCAAGCAAAAUGUAGAUUAUGCUUUUUUGCUUAAUUUUUGUGCCAAUAUUUCAGACUAUUAUGUAAUGCUUGAAGAUGAUGUUCGUUGUUCAAAAAAUUUCUUUACUGCCAUCAAGAAAGUCAUUACAUCCCUAGAAGGAACUUACUGGGUAACCCUUGAGUUCUCUAAGCUUGGCUAUAUUGGAAAACUUUAUCAUUCUCAUGAUCUCCCACGUUUGGCGCAUUUUUUAUUAAUGUUUUAUCAAGAAAUGCCUUGUGAUUGGCUACUGACUCAUUUCCGCGGUCUGUUGGCUCAGAAAAAUGUGAUUCGUUUUAAACCAUCUCUCUUUCAGCACAUGGGUUAUUACUCAUCAUAUAAAGGAACUGAGAAUAAGCUGAAAGAUGAUGAUUUUGAAGAGGAGCCAUUUGAUAUCCCAGAUAACCCUCCUGCAAGUCUAUAUACCAACAUGAGUGUUUUUGAAAAUUAUGAUGCAAGCAAGGCUUAUAGUAGUGUUGAUGAAUACUUUUGGGGAAAAUCACCAUCAACAGGAGAUGUCUUUGUGAUUAUAUUUGAAAAUCCGAUUGUAAUCAAAAGAAUUAAAGUGAAUACUGGAACAGAAGAUCGACAAAAUGACAUUUUGCAUCAUGGAGCCCUAGAUGUUGGAGGAGAUAUUAGAUAUUUUAAACAAAAUAGACAAUGUGUUACUUACAUAAGACUAGGGGAAUUCAAAAAUGGAAACUUUGAAGUAUCUGAUGUAAAUCAAAAAAUUCAAUUUGAUAUACAUUGUAUGAGGAUAUAUGUUACCAAAACACAAAAAGAAUGGCUGAUUAUUAGGAGUAUUAGCAUUUGGACUUCUUAGCCAAUUAAAUCAAUAUGUCCAGUUACUGAAGCAGGUCUUCCUGUUUCCUUUUUGACUACCUUCCUCUUUUGCUCCCUUUAUCCUCUGGAGGGAAAACAAUGGAUCAGAUGUUGAAAAACUCAUUUUGGCAGUUUUGAUUUACACAUUGUCAGCAUACUUUUACUCUAAUACACACUUACAUUUAUUUUAACUUCUGAAGUUUAUCAGUUCACAGUUAAUGCUACUUUUGUUUAUGUUUUAAUGUUAUCAUAUUACUUUCAGAAUUUCAUCUGAAUGUCAAAAAGUGACACGAAGGAUUUCAAGUGAGAAAAUGUAGUUUGUUGGAUGGUGAAUCUUGAAAAAUAGUUGCUACUGUAUGCACUUAGUUAAGAAGUGACUUCAUUAUAUCAUCAGAUAACUUUUAUUAAGCAUCUCUGUGACUAUGCAGUUGGUUAGAAUGAUAAUGGGUUUUUUUUUUCUUGUAAACUUAGGUUUCCAUAGACUUCUGUACAUCUACAAUGAAUACCUCCUUAUAGAAGUGAUGUCUUUACAACAGAAUUUUGUGUGUAGGUGGGGUGAUGGAAAGAAAAAAAAAAAAGACUUAAAAAAUAUCUUCCCCUGAGUACAUAAAAGGGGACAUUGUUCAAUGUAUAAAAACUUGAACACCUAUUGUCAAUAAAUUUUCUGUGGGAAGCAGUCUUUUUCUAGUUUCCCUUUUGCAAAGAA